AUGCGCCGUUAUCUUGGGAAAGAAUUACCCAGUUUCUCAGCAGAGGAAGCUAAAUAUGUCAAAGGCAGUAUAGACUUCAUUGGCCUUAACCAUUAUUCAACCUUUUAUGCCAAGGACUGCAUCCAUUCUAGUUGCAUUCUAGGUGAAGAUCGUGCAAUCCGAGGCUUUGUCAACCUUUCUGUGGAGCGUGAUGGUUUUCCAAUUGGACAACCGACAGGGAUGUCCGUAUUUUUCAUAGUUCCAAGAGGCAUGGAGGAGGUCAUUGACUAUCUUAAGGAAAGAUACCAUAAUCUGCCUAUGUUCGUGGGUGAAAAUGGAUAUUGUCCACCGCAGCAACAAGAUGAACAGGUGAAUGAUCAACUCCACGAUGUCAAGCGAAUUGAAUUUCACAAAGCAUACCUCGCUUCGUUGGCCAGGGCAAUAAGGAAGGGAGCCGAUGUUCGCGGCUAUUUUGCAUGGUCAUUGAUGGACAACUAUGAGUGGGUAGCUGGUUACAAGAUCAAAUUUGGGCUUUUCUACAUUGAUCGUCAAACCCUAAAGCGGAUACCAAAGCUUUCUGCUAAAUGGUAUAAAAAUUUUCCAACCAACACUAGUAGCCACAAAAGUAAACAAAUGAGAAACAAAAAUGAGAUGAUCUCUUUAUUGGAAGCCAAAAGAGCAGAAAUGUAA